UUGUAGUGUUUUUAGAAUAGCGGUCGUUCUCUGGCGUAUAGUUUGGUUUACCGUUUCUCAACUGACACAUUCCAUACUGCAAAAAGCAGCGAGUGUGAGUGCGUUCCCGUGUAGCUUACGGUGUCAGUGUUUGUGGCAGCUGCAGCAACAACCGAGUGGUUUCUUUCGUGUGCUGUAUUUUUAAUUUUAAAGAAGUUAGUCGCAUCUCUUGGAAAAAGUUUGGCCUAAUUUUUCGAGGCCCAAUGUGCAUCGUUUAGGUUCCAGCAGCAACCAGCUUCCGAAAAUGCAUUUAGCAAUCGGAUUCCUGUGGGCGCUGGCCGUCAGCGCCGGACUAGGAACAACGAACGCAGAAUACUACCAAAAGGACUCCUACUCGGAGUACAACUGCAACGAGCCCCUGCUGGAGUACGCCAAGCUAAGUGCCACCUCUCAGCUGCGCGAACGAGGGCCGGAAAAUGCCCGCCUCAACGGUGGCAAUGCCUGGACAGCGCGUCAGUCCGACUUCGAACAGCAGCUUCUGAUUGACCUGGGGACGGUACGCAACGUGACUCGCAUUGCCCUGCAGGGCCGUCCGCACAGCAACGAGUACGUCACCGAGUUCAGUAUCAGCUACGGUUUCAACGGGCUGGACUAUAUCGACUACAAAGAACCCGGCGGGAACACCAAGCUGUUCAAAGGCAACAAGGAUGGCGACUCCGUACGCCACAACUCGUUCGAAGUGCCAAUCAUCGCGCAGUGGAUUCGUAUCAACCCGACACGCUGGCAGAAUCGCAUUUCGCUGCGCGUCGAACUGUACGGAUGUCACUACGAGUCCGAAAACGUUUACCUCAACGGAACCGGUUUGAUACGGUACGAUCUGCUGCGGGAUCCGAUAGCGGCUACCCGGGAGACGAUUCGGUUUCGGUUCAAAACUGCCCAGGCCAACGGGAUUCUACUGUACUCACGAGGAACGCAAGGGGAUUACUUUGCUCUGCAGAUCAAAAACAAUCGGAUGGUGUUGAAUCUGGACCUGGGGUCACGCAUUAUGACGUCGCUGUCGGUGGGCAGCUUGUUGGACGAUAACAUUUGGCAUGAUGUGGUGAUAUCGCGGAAUCGACGGGAUAUUAUGUUCAGCGUGGAUCGGGUGAUCGUUGAGAAGAAGAUUAAGGGCGAGUUUGAUAAGCUGAAUUUGAAUCGCGCGCUUUACAUCGGUGGUGUGCCCAAUCUGCAAGAGGGACAAAUUGUGCAGCAAAAUUACACCGGCUGUAUCGAGAAUCUGUACAUCAACGCGACGAACUUUUUCCGCGAGAUGAGGGAAGCCUACUACGAAGGCGAUCAUCUGCGGUACACGAAGGUGCACGUAACGUACAACUGUCCGGAGCCGCCGAUCAGUCCGGUUACGUUCCUGACGCGGGGGUCGCACGCCCGGCUGAAGGGUUACUACAGUGUGAAGCAGCUGAAUGUUAGCUUUUCGUUCCGAACGUACGAGGAGAAGGGCAUGAUGUUGCAUCAUGACUUCCUGCAAGGUUCGGUUAAGGUUUUCCUGCAGGAUGGUAAGGUGAAGGUUGCGCUGAAGACGGUGAAUGACGAGAGUGUGCUGCCGACAAUUUUGGACGAUUAUGAUGAGCAGUUUAACGAUGGAAACUGGCACUCGUUGAUGUUGGCCAUCAAGAAGAACAGUCUGGUGCUGAGCAUAGACGAGCGACCGAUGGAGACGAUUAAGUUGUUGGACAUUCGCACGGGUGAGCUGUACUACAUUGGAGGAGGCAAAACUAAGGACGGAUUUGUGGGUUGCAUGCGGACCAUCAUUAUUGAUGGAAAUAUUCGGCCGCCGGCCGACUGGAAGGAGGAAGAAUACUGCUGCAAGGGGGAAAUGUUGUUCGACGCCUGCCACAUGACCGAUCGAUGCAAUCCGAAUCCAUGCAAGCACAACGGAGUUUGCCGGCAGAAUUCGAUGGAAUUCUCGUGUGACUGUGCCGGGACCGGGUACGCUGGGGCCGUGUGUCAUACUUCGUUGAAUCCCCUCUCCUGUCAGGCAUAUAAAAACGUGAAUGUUGUACAGUCGAGGACAACCAUCAACAUCGACGUGGACGGUAGUGGACCGUUGGCACCGUUCCCGGUCACCUGUGAGUUUUAUACCGAUGGUCGUGUGAUUACGGUGUUGAGUCACAGCUCGGAGCACACCACCCGGGUGGAUGGUUUUUCGGAACCUGGUUCGUUCGAGCAAAACAUCAUUUAUGAGGCGGAUUUGCCACAAAUCGAGGCUUUGCUGAACCGAUCGCAAUCUUGCUGGCAACGGCUGAACUACGCUUGCCGGUCUUCUAGGUUGUUCAACUCGCCCUCGGAAGCGGAGAAUUUUAGGCCUUAUUCGUGGUGGGUUUCUCGCCACAAUCAACCGAUGGAUUACUGGGCCGGUUCGCUGCCGGGAUCGAGAAAGUGCGAAUGUGGUAUUAUCGGAAACUGUGUGGAUCCUACCAAGUGGUGUAAUUGUGAUUCGAAUAGUUUAGAGUGGCAGGAGGAUGGUGGCGAUAUCCGGGAAAUGAUGUAUCUUCCCGUGAAGGCUUUGAGGUUUGGAGAUACUGGAACACCGUUGGAUGAGAAGCUGGGACGUUACACGCUUGGACCGUUGAAGUGUGAGGGUGAUAAUCUGUUCAACAAUGUUGUGACUUUCAGAAUUAAGGAUGCCACCAUUAAUUUGCCGCCGUUUGAUAUGGGUCAUUCGGGAGAUAUCUACUUUGAGUUUAAGACCACCAUCGAAGAUGCUGUUAUUUUGCAUGCUAGAGGACCAACCGAUUUUAUUCGGUUGAAUAUUGUCGGAGGAACCAAAUUGUUGUUUGAAUAUCAAGCAGGAACGGGAACGCAGAAAGUUUACGUCGAGACGAGUUAUCGGUUGAGUGAUAACCGAUGGCAUUCGGUUAGUGUUGAACGAAACCGGAAAGAGGCUCGACUAGUAGUGGAUGGAUCUAUUAGGGCGGAAGUCAGGGAACCUCCAGGUCCGGUUCGAGCUUUGUAUUUGACCUCAGAGCUGGUAGUGGGAGCUAACAUUGACUAUCGGGAUGGAUUUGUAGGAUGCAUUCGAGCCUUCCUGUUGAACGGUAUUCACAUCGACCUAAAGUCCUAUGCAGAACGCAAACUGUACGGAGUUUCACCUGGAUGCGUUGGCCGAUGUGAGUCCAGUCCCUGUCUAAACAACGGAACCUGUACGGAACGGUAUGAUAACUUUUUGUGCGACUGUCGUUGGAGUGCUUUCAAGGGUCCCAUCUGUGCUGACGAAAUCGGUGUCAACAUGAAGGCCAGCUCGAUGAUUAAGUACGACUUCCAGGGCGCUUUCCGUUCAACCUUACAUGAAAAAAUCCGCGUAGGAUUUACGACCACAAUCCCGAAGGGAUUCCUCUUGGGCUUCUAUUCCAAUCAGUCGAAGGAAUAUCUCACAAUUAUGGUUUCGAAUUCGGGUCAUCUGCGAGUAGUGUUCGAUUUCGGUUUCGAGCGACAGGAGUUGAUUUAUCCGACGAAAAACUUCGGCUUGGGACAGUACCAUGACGUACGGUUUUCACGGAAGAACGGUGGAGCAACCGCCGUUCUGGAAAUCGAUAACUACGAACCGCAGGAGUAUCACUUCGACAUCAAGGAUUCGGCGGAUGCCCAGUUCAACAACAUUGAGUUUAUGUAUAUCGGAAAGAAUGAAUCUAUGAAAGACGGAUUCGUCGGUUGUAUUUCCCGGGUUGAAUUUGAUGACAUUUACCCGCUGAAGUUCCUGUUCCAGGAAAAUCCACCGCCAAAUGUCAAAUCCCUAGGAACUCCAUUAACGGAAGAUUUCUGCGGUGUUGAACCGGUAACUCAUCCCCCGAUCGAAAUUGAAACCCGACCUCCUCCGAACGUAGACGAAGACCGUCUACGGGACGCCUACGGUCCGGACGCUGCUAUUUUAGGAAGCGUCCUCGCAGUGCUGCUACUCCUGCUGAUCAUAAUGGCCAUCCUGAUCGGUCGCUACAUGAACCGCCACAAGGGUGAAUACCUAACGCAGGAGGACAAGGGCGCCGAGGCGGCCCUCGAUCCGGACGAAGCGGUAGUGCAAUCGGCAACCGGUCAUCAGGUGACCAAGCGAAAAGAAUGGUUUAUUUAAUGUCUAAGAUGGCCGCCGGUGCCGUCCGCGAGGCGAAGGACACUGCGUCCUCGACCACCAAAGGCAGCCAGGGCUGAUACGACGCCAGCGACAACGACGAUGACAGCGAUGACGACCGAGACGAACAGGACUAAAGUGCGGACAAGAUUCUCCACAGCAGCUGUAAAUAAUGUGUUCAACAAAGCGCGUUCAUUUUCUGUUUUGCAGUCCGAGUAACAAGCAGUCUUUAGUUGAUUUGACCCCUCUUUUUCUCCGCAUAAUCUGAUCUUUAUCCUCGUAAUAUUAAGAUGCGUACAGCAUCAUCAGGAACGUAACGGAACAGUCUUUCACAUCACUGACGGAGGCGUGGUGACGAUUUUAGAGCGCGAAGAAAAAAAGCAUUUAGAAGGCAGUAUUUUGUCAGCCAUUUUCUUAGUGGAGAGAAUCAUUCGAAGCGAAAGCUGCUGUAAUUGCAUUUGCUUUAAACUAACGAAAACGAAAUUUAGUUGGAUUGUUUUUUUUUCUCAAUUGAAAAAAGAGAUAGAUUUUUUAUUGACUUUACCCGUCCAUUAUCGUACUUUUAGUUACUUUUACGAUCAUACGUUUUUUUUACUCUAGUUUAGUUCGUAAGCUUAGUUCAUCGGUUUUGUCAGGUGACAGAAAACAUUCAACCAAUCGGUUUACAAAAUGACGCAAACGAAACAGAAAAGGUUAAACUAUUUCACUAAUUCUAGAGCUCGUUUUUUCUCCAUAGAAUCUCUUCCUCUUGGUGAUCUCUGAAACCGGAGGUUAUCUGAUAGAACUACAACAUAGUGCAGAAAUAUUGUGAAUAUCUAGGUAUUGUUUAGCAAGAGAAAAACAAAAUACAACAAGCGAUAAAAGUCGAGUUUACAACUGAAAGAAAGCUAAAAUUUGUAUAUAGUUUUUGAGAUACACGAAAUAAGG